CACGACACACAAUGGCUGCCAGUGGUACAGCUGUAACGGUUCUCACUCCAAAUGGGAGAAGACAAACAGUUAAAGUGUCUCCAAACACACCGUUAUUGCAGGUGCUGGAGGACGUUUGCAAAAAGCAUGGAUUUAACCCCGACGACCACGGUUUGAAGUUUCAGAGAACUACUGUUGACCUGACGCUGCCAUGGAGGUUUGCCAACCUGCCCAACAACGCUAAACUAGAAAUGGUGACGAGUACAAGGAAACAGGCUGUAGCUGACAGCCAGGUGCGGAUUGCACUGCAGAUGGAGGACGGCUCUCGGCUCCAGGGUUCCUUCUCGUGUGGACAGAGUCUUUGGGAACUGCUCACCCAUUUCCCCCAGAUCAGUGUGUCGGAGCUGUCUGAGUCAGGAUCCACCCCCGUGUGUGUUUACAUGAGAGAUGAGGUGACUGGGGAAGAAGCACUCAAGAAGGCCACUCUGAAGUCUCUGGGUCUUACAGGGGGAAGUGCCAUUGUCAGGUUUUUACUCAAAAACAGCAAAGCACAAGGAGAGGAUGGCAGGGAAGCCACUGAAGCAGCUGCUAUGCCAACCACAAAUGUUGCCAAGGAAACCAUAUUUAUCCCGCCAUCUCAGCCCAAUCCUGCUCCGUCGCCCCCGGAGACGUCAAUAACAGAGGUACCGAGUAAAAAUUCAAACCCCCAUAGGCCAAUGGAAACCGACCCUGUGCCACCUUCCGCCCCUUCCAAAAGCACGCUUCCUGUUCAAGCGGAAGAGGUUCCAAACUCCCAGGAUGCAGUUCGGCCAAAGCUUACUCCUGUCGAGAGAGGAACGUCAGAGGAGGAUGGGGAGAAACCAGGGCCAUCAGGACUGAACUCCCACCCAUCUAUGUCUUCCUCCUCCGCCGCUCCCUCUGCUGCCUUCAUUCCCUUCUCUGGAGGCGGUCAGCGCCUCGGGGGUCCCCAGGGAGGUGCAGCAGGACGCUCACUAGCUUCAUCUUCAUCAUCCUCAUCUCUCUCAGCUCUGACUGCUGCAGUUGAAUCACCCAAAGCCAAGAAAGCCAAAUCCAGCCAUGGUUUUAGCACCAAGUGUCAAACCACUGCCGGUCAGCCAGACGAGGACAUGGAGCAGGGGGAGGAGUUCUUGGAGCCAGUAGAAAGGGAGCCUCUCAUCUACCACCUGGACUCGGUGUCCCAUCCCUCCAAGGACCACGGUGAUCUGCCCGACGAGUUCUUUGAAGUGACGGUGGAUGAUGUGCGCAAGCGAUUCGCCCAGCUGAAGAGCGAGAGGAAGGUUCUGGAAGAGGCCCCGCUGAUGACUAAAUCUCUGAGAGAGGCACAGAUGAAGGAGAAGAUGGAAAGAUAUCCCAAAGUGGUCCUGAGGGUCCAGUUUCCAGACAGACAUGUUCUACAAGGUUUCUUCAGGCCUCUGGAGACAGUUGGUGCUGUGAGGCAUUUUGUGAGGAGCCACUUGGAGGAUCCUCAGCUCAGUUUCUACCUGUUCAUCACCCCCCCGAAAACCAUUCUGAGCGACCCUUCAGCUACACUGUUUCAGGCCGACCUGUUUCCUGGUGCACUGGUGUACUUUGGCUCUGACGUUAAGACAGAUUUUUACAUAAAGAGCAACCUGCUUGAAUCCUCUGUCUCGGCCAUGCAAGCAAAUGAGUCCAUUGCAAGCUGUAUGCCCCGGUCCCCUUUACCCCCUGCCAGCUCAGAGGAGCCUCUGUGUCCCCCAGAGCCGAGGGCGGACAUAAGUGGAUCCACACCGGACGAGCAAGACCCGUGUGCACACACGCAGGCUGCUAAACCUACCAGAUCUGAUGCAGGCAAGGUGCCCAAGUGGCUCAAGCUUCCAGGUAAGAAAUAAAGCGGCUGCGGUGUGUUUAUGGGAGGACUUACCAGGACAGACGUCUGACAAGCUGCUUGUAGACCGAGUAGAGCACUUAAACCUUUGCUGCCCUUUGAUAAAAGGCUCAAGUUGUGACCGCAGCUGAUUUAAUCCACCGUUGAAGAAGCCUGCACUUGACUAGGUUUUCAAACGGUCCAAAUAACGGGAUAAAUGACUGAGUAAGGUUAUCGAGAAUAUUUCAUGACUAAGAUGUGUUUCAUUCCGGUUGGAGGAAAGAGUGCUGAAGAGGCUGUUUUUAUUCACCAGAAGAGAAUGAGUGCCAAGUGAAUAAAGGUUGUUGUA